AUGCGUCGAGAAUUUGAGUAUGAAGGUGACGACGCUUCUUAUAUACGAUUUCUCGAAGCGAAAGUUCGUGAACUUCAAAGCAAACUUGAGCGCGGUCGUCCAUCGAACCAGAGAACAAGGACAAGACGUAAUUUGGACGUCUUCCUUGGAAAUAUUCCUUAUCCAAGUGACUGGGCGCGCCUUGGUCAUGACUCGCCAGAAAACAGUACAAGAAUACUCAAAGCACUUAUCGGACGUGGCAUCCACCUACGAGGCGGCUCUGUGGUGCCUGGUGAUCCUGAUAUGAAGAACUUAUUGCGCCAAUAUACCCAUCUCACUAUACAAACAAACGUUGAAGAUGAGUUCUUACAAUGUUUGGCACAUUUCCGUGAACUUGUCUUGGUGUCACUGUUCGCAGUGAAUCUCGGAGUCGUGAAUCUCGGAGUCGUGAAUCCAGAUGAUACACACACAAUCUAUGACAUAAUGCGAGUUUAUAUGGAAUCCCAACAAAAGACCAAAAAAACAAAAGCAACCCACAAUAAGAAGACCCCUAUGACCGAAAAAACCUUGAGAAAGCGGAUUCAGGGCGCGCUCUGGGCUAAUCGCAUGAUAUUCGCUUUAUCCCAGUCGCCAUGGGGCUCAAAAUGCUCACUUUGUUUCUUUGUCGCUGGGCAACCGGUUUCGUACUACGCGCGCUACGCUGAGUUUUCGGACACUCGUUCUUAUCUCUUACACCAUAUGCGAGAAAAAGCAAAUGAUGAGCCUGACCAGCAUCCAGAAUCAAAUGAUGAGCCUGACCAAGAAUCAGAUGAUGAGUCUGACCAAGAAUCAGAUGAUGAGUCUGACCAAGAAUCAGAUGAUGAGUCUGACCAAGAACCAGAUAGCCAGCCUGAUCAGGAAAUAGUUGAUGAGCCUGAUCAAGAAACAGUUGAUGGGAUUGAUCAGACACCUGGUCUAACACCUCUCGCAAUACCUCUCAUUAUCAAAGAACUUAUGGGAGGAAGCGUAUCGUGA